GAUUUUAAGUUUGCCAAGCAACAAAUCGGCAAUCCUAUAUUAUCAUAGAUUGGAAAUAAAAGUGUAGAACACUUCACAAAACGACCUCUUUAUUGUGUGAAAUCAAAUAAGGAAAAAUGUGUUUAGCAGUAUCAGGACUGCAGUCAAUCAGAGUGGAAUGAAUGUACAGUGCAUACUGUUAUGAACCUUUUUAUUCGUUUAUACCUCUGGUAAAUAGUGCUCGUCAAAAUAAAAUGCCGUUAUCACGACAAAGUGGCCGAGAGCGGAGUAGUCACUCUCCGGGAAGCAGUAUCUACCGGCGGCAAGGAGGGAGGCGAGAUUCAGGUCUGCGUCCUGCCAGCUCCUUUAAACGUCAACAUAGCAUCCGAAUUACUCCACCACCAGAUGCCAUUGACGAUGAACCGGAACCUACAGCACCACCCGUGGAACUCAUGGACAAAGUUGAUGGAUAUGAAUACGUGUCGUUUGACGUGGUCGAAGUUCCACCACCAACGAUGACCUUUCCCAAAAAGGAAGAGGAAGAACCUGAGCGGGCCUCACCCCCCAGUGGUCCCCAGUUGACUGAACAAGAAGCUCGGCAAGCUCUACUGAAGUACGUGUCAACACGUUGCUGCUACGGAAAGAGUGCUGCAAGAGAUAUGGCUAUUACAAAAAUUGAUCACUCCUGUGCUUUCCAUUAUACCCUGGAAACGUUUUCUGAAAAGAGACAAACAGCUUGGGCAUUUGAACCUUAUGCAGGAGGGACAAUAGACAGCUCUUCUACUGACACUCCUCCUGGUCCUUGGGAUAUUUCUGCUGCUCCUUCCUCACCCUUCACAAACUCCAACACUCAGCUAGAGGUUCCACACACAGCUUCAAUCAAAACAUGCCACACCUGUGGAGGGGUUGGACGUAAGCGCUGCUACACAUGUUCAGGAAAUGGUUACGAACAGUGUUAUUCAUGCCAUGGUGAUGGCUAUAAAAACACCCUGAGUGGAGCACAUGAGAGAUGCUUUAGAUGUCAUGGAAUAGGACGCAGAAGGUGCUGGAAGUGCAAUGGUGAUGGCCUAGCCUUGUGUAAGGGGUGUGCUGGUACAGGUCAGAUCAAGUGUUAUAUCAGACUUACUGUUACAUGGAUGAACCAUAUUGAUGAACAUGUAGUUGAACACUCUGCUGUUCCUGAUGAGAAAAUCAAAAGUGGCUCAGGACAAGUGGUCUUUGAAGAAGAGGAUGAGAAUCUUUGGCCAAUAAAUCACUUUCCAAAUACUGCCAUUAAUAUGGCAUCUGUGCAGCUAAUUCAGCAACAUGCAACAGCAUUUCCUGCAGAAAAGGUUCUUCGACAGCGCCAGCGGGUACGCAUCAUUCCUGUCACUACAGUUCAUUACCAGUGGAAAAAUCAUAACAACACCUUUAGUGUGUUUGGCUUUGAGAAAAAGGUCUAUGCUCCCAAGUACCCUCAGACUUGCUGCUGUGGAUGUACUGUUCUCUGAUUGAUGACCAACUAUUAUUUUACUCCUCUGUGAGAUAUACCAUCACUACUUUGAGCAGUGAUCCUUUAUGAUUGUUGGACUCCAGAUCAAUAUCUCUUGACAUUGAAUUCUGAUACUUCUACAUUACAUUUAUCUAUGAUUUUAAGCUGUCUUCAUGGUCUAUGACAGGAUGAAACUAAAAAAACUACAGGAAACUACAGUAUUUUCAAUAUAAUGUUUAGAAUGCAGAUAAUUUUGUUGUUGUGGAUUUCUCUGAUUAACUGUAAAACUGUAUCUUACCACUGUUAAGAUAUUCAUACACUAUUAGUGUAGUACGGCUACUAAUACCAUAAUGUUUAGAAUCUCCACUUCUCUAACAUGUAAUGUGUAUGCAGACAAAGAUACUGUAUUUUGUGUGGUACUGUUGCUUAGUUGUAUGUUGUUUAUUAAGUUCAGUGUUCUGAUCUUUAAGUGCUCUGCAGAAUACGUUAUUGUUUGUUGUAGUCCACUGCUAUGUACCACUACUAGGAUUAUAGUCUUUGCAAAGCCUGUUGCUGUAUCUUUUAAUAUUUUUGUAUGUUUUACAGUGCCAGUGCUAGAACCCAUCUGCAGACAAAGAUACUAUGUGUUGUGUAGUACCACUAAUAGGUUUUUUGAUGUUUAUAAGGACUGUUGUUCUAACAUUUAUUUUUUUCUGCAGACUGAGAUACUAUGUUUUGUGUGGUACCAUUCCUAAGAAUCAUCAUGUAUUUGUGAUCCUAUCAUUUUGAUUCAUUGUUGUCUUUUUGUUUACAUUAAUAUGACUCAAUGUCUAUUUUGCUCAUACGGAUGUGUCUCAUAGUUGUCCAUGUGUGCCCAGUAGAAAUCAGCUAACUCAAAUAUGCUCAUACUUCCACUUCUAUUAAAUUAUAUACAGAGAAACAUAUGCUAAAUCAAAUUUGUAGUUUUAUCUUUUAAUUUCAUGAAGUUUUGUCUUAAUUCAUGUUAAAGGAACAGAUGGAAAGUUAAUGAAAUUAUUGUUCAUUUGAGGCAUUAUGAAAAAACAACUUGAUGAUUUUGUGCAGUUUUGUACAUCGUGUUGGUUGUCACUGACUCUUUCAUAGGUAAGCAGAAGCAGUGAAAGGUUCUUAAUGUUCUGAUAACUUCAGUACAUUUGUGCCUGUUACUUUAAUUUAUUCCAUUUUAUAAUCACUACUUGCAGCUAUAAAAUAAGGAGAUCAGAGUUAAUACGUGGAGUAGUUGAAUGGUCUGUAACUAAUGUCACACGUUUAUACACAAUAUUUAUCAGUAUCAUUUUCAACAUUCUGUUUCAUAUACAGUAUAUUAUUUUGAAUUAUAUAAGCUAAAAACAGUGAGGCUAGAAAACAAAGAGUCAGUCUUUGUGUGAACUUUAUACAUGUAUUAAAUGUUGCUAUAUCUGCCAUGUAAUCAGUCUGAAAGACUUGUGUAUUAGGGGACUUGUUUACAGGUGUAGGAUUUGAAUAGUAACUAUGUGUAAAUGUUAUUUUGUUAUUUGUAAAAAUUAACUUCCUACAAAAUGUUUUUAAGUAAACAGGUACUCAUAUAAGAUUACCUUUCAAAUAUAUUUACAAAUAGUACUAGUCUAAUAACCAGGUUUAAAUUAUGUACAAAAAAAAUAGUAAACUGCAAAUUAGAAUAAUAUUAAAACAAGAUAAGUCAGGUGUUAUGUAAUGCAAGUUUUUGUACCAUGUAAACGUAUAGAUCUUUAUGUGUUAGAUGUCAUUAAAUAUCCUUUAUUAUAUACCACUUUAUUAAAUAUCAAUUCAUUUAUAAAAUUUCUUAAAUACAAAUGUGAAUGGUACCUACUCUAUGAAGUGCUCAGUACACUAUUAUAAUUAUUUUGUUUUAAUUUUGGGAUUUUUACAUAGGUGUUUUAAAUGUGCAUGUCACUUACUGAAAGAAUAGCUUUGUGCAAUUUUUGGUUUUAUUUAUACAUGCAUAGUGCAGAUAAUUGGCAGCAACUAAUUAGAUGUACAGAGAGCUUGUACUAUGAAAAUUACAAGAUUGCUAAGGUCUGUCCAGAGUUAAAACACAGAGAUUGAUUUGUAAGAUUUUGAUAUUUUUCUAACAUAACUUUUUUAGUGUUUAAUACUCCCUUUAUUUUAUGUGCACAAUGAAGAAGUUUACACAUAAUUAUUUUAUAAGUUUAAAUAUUCACAAGGUAUAUAUAUAUAUAUAUAUAUAUAUAUAUUACCUACCCAUAAUUUACCUUUUUUGUUUGGAGGAUUAUUUACAUGCUCUUCAUGUCAACCCACUCAAUGAGUAGUCUGUCACUUAUUUAAUUGUAUUAAAGAGAUAUAAUUAUUUAGCUUUAUGUCAAUUUUAUAAACAUCUAUCAACUCAGUGCAGAGAUAAUUAAGUAGUUUUGGAACAUGAAUAAAAACAAAUGCAGCUGUAGCAUCAUAAAAUCUGAAAGAUGGUUACACAAUUGUACUAAGAGAAAAGUUUGAGUAUAACAUAAUAGGACUGAAAUUUCUUUGUUUAUGAAAAUUUGUACACAGUAUGUGCAUGAUAUAGGCCACCAGAUACGUGAUGAAUUGAUUAUGUAUUUAGUAAUUCAAAGCUAACAUUAUUUAGGCUUGUGAAAUUUUAUUCAGUUUUAUGUUGAUUAGCAAUGUGAAACCAUAAGGUUAAAGAUAUGUUGAUCUGCUGUAAUUGAAUGAUAAUGAAAAGUAAUACAUGCAUGAUAUAUCAUGAUAAAUAUCUGACUUAACCAGUUAUACAUGCCAUUUCGUUUGGGCAGGGGGAGGGUUAAAGAGCAAAAUGUAGCGGUAAACACAUAUAGUUCAUGGCACAAAGACACAAAUUCCAAAAAGAACAAUUACAACAGUAUAAACAUACUAUGUAUAUAUUUUUUCGAGUCUCAAAAGUAGUAGCUAUUUAAAAAUUUGCAUAUGUCAAAAUGUGAUUUCUGGUGUCACCAAACUUCAUGUUACCUAUAAGAUUAAAAAAAAGAGAUUAAGCUUGCAAAACAUAGUUGUCUUAUUUUAUGAUGAGCUGUUUAAUGUAACUUUACAAAUUGUGUUUUUAUAGCAAGAGGUAAAGUUAUCUUUUUUCUUAACAAUUAAAGUUUUUAGAGUAGAUGUGAUGUGUGAUAACUGUACUCAUUUAUGUUUUUAAAGGUUUUUACUUUUUUAGAAUAGUAUAAUUUUUCUUAACUAAUAAUAAAUAAUUUUACAUCAUGUUAAUUAUGUCGUUUAUAAUGUAAGGUCUUUAAUUGUGCUUUAGAAGUAUAAUUUUUACAGAUCAAGUUUAUAUUAUGGGUAAGUAAAAAGAUGAAAUAAGAUUGGAAACCAUUAAUGAAAAUGAUAUUCCAAAUUAACUGCAUGAACUUUAAUAUAAGUGGUUGCUACUUAUAAUUUGGUGGUUGUAACAGUAAAAAGGAAAUUAAACAUACAGAAUAAUUGUGGAAAAAUUUGAAGAAUCUCAUGUCAGUUUUUGUAACAAGUAGAAUUUAAUGUUUUAACAAAGAAGCUGUGAAAACCCAAUGAGAUUUGUGGUAUAUUUUCUUUGUUUUUUAUGUAAAUGAUGCAUUGUAUUUUGGUUAUCUUUUUUGAAUAUCAAGUUACUAGUUGAUGAUGAGAGAUUAAAAUACCAUUAGUGCCCUGUGUUUCUAUAUGAACUGCUUAAACAUUAUCUUUCUUUUAUUAUAUCUCAUUUAUUUCAGAUUUUUUUUAAAUUUUUAUGUCAAAGAUAACUAAUGAUUAGACUUAGAUCCUAUGCUGAAUUUCUGUAUGUAAUAAGUGUGGAAUCUUAUAUAAAUCCUUCUUUUGUUGUUUGUCAAUUGAAAAAAAAAAGCAACAAUAAAAGUGUUUUAUAGACCUUGA